GUAAUUAGAUGUAAUUGUAAUUGUCAAUUAGUUAUAUAUAAUCAAUGAACAUGGUAAUUUUGUUAGUAAUUUUGAUAGUCUACAGUCAUAUAUCUAUUAUCACUACUACUACUACUACUACCGACACCAAUGAUGAUGAUAAUGGACUACUUGUUGCUACGACAUCGGGCAUUGUUAAGGGACAUCCCAUACCAGAUAUAGGUGUUAACGAAUAUCUGGGUAUACCGUACGCCGAACCGCCAAUCGGUGAACUACGGUUUGCCCGACCGGUUCCACUAAGACGUCCUGAAAAAGAUAUUAUUGAAGUUAAAGAUAAGAGUGAAGGUGUUUGGUGCUAUCAAAACGUCAAUAAACAUAUUAAAGCAUUUGAAUGGUUUAAAGAGGAUGAAGACUGUCUACAUUUGAACGUUUGGGCCCCCGAACGGGCAUAUCUGCAAAAUGGCAGACCAUAUAGCAAAUUAAAGCCCGUUGUGAUCAUCUUAUUUCCCGGUGGAUUCAGUUACGGUUCGGCAUAUAUUGAACAGUCCAAUGGCAGUAUUUUAGCCACUUAUGGCAUUGUAGCCGUUUCUUUGAACUAUCGUAUCGGACCGUUAGGCAUGUAUAUGCUGGACGACGAUUCAGGUCCGGGCAAUGUUGGAUUUUAUGACCAAAAUUUAGCGUUUAAGUGGGUCCAGCAAAACAUACGGUCAUUCGGUGGUGAUCCUAAUAUGGUAACCAUUUACGGUGUUAGCGCCGGUAGUUUUUCAGUGUCCACACACAUUGUGUCGCCGUUAUCUAGAGGUCUGUUUAAGCGGGCAAUUAUGAGCAGCGGUGCUCUCAUCUGGAAUAAAAAUAAACCAGUUUUGUCUAAAAAAGCGGCCAUGAAUUUAACAAGAAAACUGGCCAUAAAUAACAACUGUCCACUAGACAAACCAAUAGCUCCGUGUUUACGGGCCGUUAACAAUACAUACAAUUUGUUGGUCAGAUCUUCAACUUUUGUUGUCAUUGAUUUUACGGUACCGAAUGAAAAGACAGAAUUUUGUCCGCAACUAUUUAACAAAGCGUUAAAAUAUUUUAACUAUAAUAGAGAUAUCGAGCUGAUGGCCGGCAGUACACGAGAUGAGGGACCGGCUAUAUCUGCCGUAACGUUUCCCGAUAUAAUAUUACCGGACAUGUCGAUAGAAAAGUUUGGCCAAUUGUUGGAAAGGAUGAAUGACCAGCACCAUGACUUUGAUAUCGACAAAAUUAUCAAACAUUAUACAUCAGAUAUCGACACUUUUAACCAUACGGUCAAUCGCCGUCGUUUUACCGACAUUUACGGCGAUGUACUCAUGCGUUGUCCGACCUAUACGUUUGCCAAACAUUUGGCUAUGAAUGGGGAACGGGUUUAUUAUUAUGAUUUUAAUUAUUUUACCAAAUCUAAUCCCCAAUAUGAGUUUUUAGUAAAAUCUGGUUUAGUACUUAACGGCAGUCAACACGGCUUGGAUGCCGACUUUCAUAUCGGUGUUCCGCUGAGAUAUCCAGAUAACUAUAGCGAAGUUGACAAAAAUUUUACCCAAUAUGUUAUGGAAAUUUGGACUAAUUUUAUUAAAUUUGGUUAUCCGGGUGACGAUUGGCCAGUUAUGUUGGAUCCGAGAAAAUCAAAUGAGCCGACAAUAGUCAAAGAUAUCAAUCUUAAGGAUAGAUCUCAUCUAUUAGUCAAUCCAUACGCCGACUCAUGUGAAGGCAUUUGGAAAGAUUACUUUUGGUAG